UUUAGGGUUUGGAUUUUCAGAGCUUCAUUUUCUAUUCCGUUUUUGAUUUCGCUCGCAUUCAGGUACUACUUUCACCUUUAUUUCUGUUGCUAUAAAUAAUGCACAAACGUAGUACUCCGACCUUAACCUUUUUUUUUUUUUUUUAUGCUGUAAUCUUACAAUGAAAAUAGAAGAAUCAUGUUCAUUUAUUUUAUUGAUACUCAACGAGAUUAGUUAGGCUAUUGUGCAUAAAAAAUUGUUGAAUGCGAAACUCUUGGUGGACGUGUGGUUCUUGCACAGAACAUUAUAUGAAAUUUCAUAGUAAAGGCUGUAGAUUUAUCUGGGGUACAGUAAGAUUGUUUUUCCUAUCUCAAGACAACAGAGAUAAUAUGGCAUAUCUUGGUCUCAAAUUAAACCCAAUCCAAUUUAUUUAUUUAUUUAUUUUUGUCUGAUUUUGUAAUGUUAUGCAGGGAGGACUUCAUAGUAUGAUAUAUUGCUUUUUAUUGGUCUCUCUAAAAUAUGUAAAAUGUUCCUUUUAUGCAUAUUUUUUUUGUAAUGUAACCAUUUAGUUCAGUUUCUUAUUUCUUACUCUUGUUUCUUCCCCCCCUCUUUCUCUGUGUGCAUCGUUCCCCAACAAAUAGUUAAACAAUUAAACUAGCCACUAUUUUUCUGGGCAACUCUCUGCAUCUAAAUUUCGAGGAAUUCUGAAAUUCAUUUCUUCGUAUAUUUUUUUUUUUUUUUUUGUCUUUGAUUGGCCUGUUGAGCAUCGUAAUCCUCUUGAUUUUCGUUCAGAAUUCUCUUUUGCCUGUCUCUUUUACUGUUGUUGCUAUGUUAUGAUGAUUCCUGGAUUUAGAACCAAUCACAUUGCUACUCCUUGUUCCUUACCUCAUGGCACAGUCUCAAUCAAAAUUCUUACUCUGCUAUUCCAUCUGGCCUCUCAUAUUGUUUCCACCUUUCCGUAUUUGCAAUCUCUCUUCUAUGAAUGCUUCUGGCUUCUCUGCUUCCUUCACAGUUGCCCUGCAAGCUUGAUUUUCUAGAUGCAUAAAAUGCCUGGGACAAGACGGAGAGAUGUAUCAGCCCAAAAUCCAGAUUCACCAGAGGGGAACAGCGAGCCAGAAAAACCUACAGAUUCUGAUGAGCAGGUAGACCUUGAUGGGGACAAUGAUCAAGAAGAGACAAUGGAGGAAGAAAUUGAGUAUGAAGAAGUAGAGGAGGAGGAAGAAGUGGAAGAGGAAGAGGAGGAAGAGGAGGAGGAAGUGGUGGUGGAGGAGGAGGAGGAGGAAGAGGAAGAGGAAGAAGAAGAGACUAGGCUCUCAGAUGGUGAAGACGAGAUGAGUGUGCCAGAUACUAAGGAUGAAGUUGAGAAAAAGGAACAUGCUGAGCUUCUUGCGCUUCCACCUCAUGGGUCAGAGGUCUACAUUGGAGGCAUUCCUCAGAAAGUUUCUGAAGAAGAUCUGAGGGUCUUUUGUCAAUCUGUGGGAGAAGUGUCGGAGGUUAGGAUCAUGAAGGGAAAAGAAUCAGGUGAAGCAAAAGGUUAUGCUUUUGUGACCUUCAAGACAAAGGAGUUGGCAUCUAAGGCUAUUGAGGAGCUGAACAACUCUGAAUUUAAGGGAAAAAAAGUUAAGUGCUCAACAUCUCAAGCUAAGCAUAGGUUGUUCAUUGGUAAUGUUCCUAGAGAUUGGAUUGUAGAAGAUAUGAAAAAGGUUAUUGAAGACAUUGGCCCCGGAGUCAUUUCUGUGGAACUGGUGAAGGACCCACAGAGUUCUGGCCGAAAUCGGGGAUUUGCUUUUAUUGAGUAUUACAAUCAUGCUUGUGCAGAAUAUUCAAGGGAGAAAAUGUCAAACUCAAAAUUUAAACUAGACAAUAAUGCCCCAACUGUGAGCUGGGCUGACCCAAGGAAUUCUGAAUCAUCUGCAUCCUCCCAGGUAAAAGCAGUGUAUGUAAAGAACCUUCCAGAAAACAUUACUCAGGAUCGUCUUAAGGAGCUGUUUGAACACCAUGGAAAGAUCACAAAAGUGGUUCUCCCCCCUGCUAAAGCUGGACAAGAAAAGAGCAGAUUUGGUUUUGUACACUUUGCUGAAAGGUCAAGUGCCAUGAAGGCAUUGAAGAAUACGGAGAAGUAUGAAAUUGAUGGCCAAGCUUUGGAGUGUUCACUUGCAAAGCCACAAGCAGAUCAGAAGUCAUCUGGGGCAUCAAAUCCACAGAAGUCAGUUGUGCUUCCCACUUAUCCACCUCGUCUUAGUUAUGGUAUGGUUGGAGGUUCCUAUGGUGCUAUUGGUGCUGGAUAUGGAGCUGCUGGCUUCGCACAACCACUGAUGUAUGGUGCGGGAGCAUCCCCUGCUGGCAUGGCAAUGAUGCCAAUGCUUUUACCGGAUGGAAGGAUUGGUUAUGUAUUGCAACAGCCAGGAUUGCAACAACCAACUACUCCUCAACCGGUAUCCCGACAUGGCAGGAGUGGUGGUGGUAGCUCAAGUGGUGGGAAACGCAGUAGUGAUAAUAACCAUAAUCGCGGUCGUGGCCGAUAUCAUCCCUACUAAUGUAAUUGGCUUCUUAUGGACUUCAAGGAGCUAGGAAAUCGAGCAAUUGCACCAAAGGCUUAAAAGUGUCACCGACUCAAGGCGCGGAGGUCAACCGGUUAAUGCAAAUCGGGGCUGCUUUGAACGAAGUUAUAAUUCUUGCAAGAUUAGUACAUCUUAAAUUAAAGGCUAAGAUUCAGUUUAGUUAUGUGAGCUUUUUAUAUAUUUUAUUAUAUAAAUCUUGUCAUUCAAUUUUUCAUUCUCAAAUUCUUAAAGAGACACCGUAUUGACAGGAAGGACAUGAGAUAAAUCUUACAAGGUUGAUAAAAUUUCAUCAAGUUUUUCGUAUAUUCGGAUAGUGGUUGAUAUAUUUUAUUAUGCUUCCAAUUGUCUUUCUAGGAGAUCGAUGUUAGAAUGAAUAUGGUCCUAUAGUGGAUUGUACAGAAUACUUUAUCCGUACAAAGUCACAUUUGUUUAUGCACCAUUUUAUCACCAGAAUAUAUCCACAUUCAAUCAUGGGUUUAUUUUGGUACUCAAAAUAAGAUUAAAAAAA